AGAGAAAGAAGUGGAGGGGAGGGGAGAGAGAUGAGAGAGAGAGGUGGGGGCGGUGAGGGUGGUUGUGGUGGUUAAGCUGCGAGCCACUCCGCUGCGCUGUGCCUCUUCCUCUCAGCCAUCGCAUCGUCGCGCACCGCUUCUCCAGCGCUCCGCCCAAGCGUCGGAGAAUCGCUGUCAUUCUCGGCAGCUAGCGAGCCGGCCUCGGAGCGAGUGGACGAGCGAUCGAACGAGCGAGCGGGCGGGCGGGCGGGCGGGCCAGUGAGCAAGCGGACGAGCGAUCGUGCAAGCGGGCGAGACGAGACGAAGGCGAGCGAGGAGGCUCCGAGUGAGGGGGUGGGGGGUGGCCGACAUGGGGCGUGUGUCUCGAGGGAUGCCCGCUCGCCGCGCCUUCCUGUGGCUCGUGGCGGCCGGGGCAGCCGCCCUCCUCCUCGCCGUCUACAUGCAGAGGCGGCACGGCCCCGCUGAGCACCCAGGAAGGCUGAUGUUGAACAACUCGCCAUACGUCGGCCAACAGGAUUCGCAGGAGGGCGAUCGCCUCCCCGCUCGCUCCUCGGCCGCCCUCUCUUCCCCCCAGGCCCGAGUGGCCGUGAACGCGGCGGCACAGAAGCGGCAGCUCCUCAACCGAGAACUUGGAACCUUCAAUUCAUCCUCCUCCUCGGUCUUCUCGUCGGCAGCCCAUCCAUCGCGCCUCUUCGACAACGAAGCAGUGGCAGCGGCGGCAGCGGCGGCAGCAGCAAUGUCACGCGACCACGUAACCUCCUCGACCACCACCACCACAACCACCACCACCACCACCGCCGCCUCCGUUCUCAACCACGCUGCGUUCAGGCCUCAUGGCUCUCCGCGGUCAUCGCCGUCGUCGCCGCCUCCACCGUCACCGCCGCCGCACCGACUCGGCCCCGACGCCCCGCGGGAACCUCGCCUCAACCUCUCCGCCCUGCCGGAGGCGGCGGCGCAGGCGCAGGUGGCGCGCAGGGCGCAGAUCGCGCAGCUGUGCGCGCGCUACGGCGUCGGCGGCGCGGGCAGCGGCGCGGCGGCCCCCGUGUCUCCGCGCCAGGUGUCGCGCCUCUACGUGGAGGACCGCUACCGCCUGCUCUACUGCGAGGUGCCCAAGGUGGGCUGCACCAACUGGAAGCGGCUGCUCAUGGUGCUGAGUGGAGCGGCGCGCAGGGCCGGGGAGGUGGCGCACGACGCGGCGCACUACGCCAACGGCCUGCGGAGGCUCGACAGCUUCGGGCGCGCCGAGAUGGAGCGGCGGCUCGCAACUUACACCAAGGUCCUCUUCGUGCGCGAGCCGCUGGAGCGCCUCGUCUCCGCCUUCCGCGACAAGCUCGAGCGCCCCAACCCCUACUACCAGCCACUGUUCGGCCGCGCCAUCCUCGCCCGCUACCGCGCCAACGCGAGCCGCGAGGCCCUACGCUCGGGCGAGGGCGUGACCUUCCGCGAGUUCCUGCGGUACCUGCUGGACCCGCGGCGCCCCCUCGGCAUGGACAUCCACUGGGAGGCGGCGACGCGCCUCUGCCACCCGUGCGCCAUCUCCUACGACUUCGUGGGCAAGUUCGAGGAGCUGGAGGGGGACGCCAACAACCUCCUCCGGGCCGUCGGCGUGCCGGACGCCGUCACGUUCCCCGGGGAAGGCGAGGCGCGGGUGGCGCAGGUGCCGGCCGAAGCCGAAGAAGCCGCGGGGUCUCCCGAGACGCCUCCGUCGGGGGAACGCGCGGGCACGGGCGACCGUGCCGACCGGGAGGAGGAAACCGGGAGGGGUUGGACCGCCGGCGCCGCAGACGGGACGGCGACGGAGGCAGCGGGCGAGGACGGCCGGGCGAUGGGACGCAGAUACCUGUCGGCGCUGUCGAGGCGGGAGAGGCAACGCGCGUACGACUUUUAUUACCUGGACUACAUCAUGUUCAACUACUCCAAGCCGUUCGGCGACAUUUACUAGCCCGCGCGGCCUCGCGAGCCGCGUGCCCGCGAGCACGCGGCUCGGGCAGAUGCGGUGUCGUGCGGCAGGCAUUCACGCGUCGGGGAAGCAGCGACGAGCGGACAGCGGUGGCGGUGACAAUUGCGGUUCAACAACAACAACUCUCGAGAUUCACGUCUUCUUACCAAGACGGCGGCAGUGGGACAUCAGUUUCGCAUGAACAAAAAUAUGAUAUAUACUGUGUAUAUAUAUGAGAACGGGUAGUCGGUUACAGGCAGAAGAGCCAAGCAAGGACUUGAGCCUGGACUUGGAACAGAGGUAGGGGGUGGACAGCAUGGAUUGCUGGGAGGAAGUUUUCGUGCAGGGGGGGGGGGGUCCGUUGGGGGGGGGUGCAGCACAGAAGAAGAAGCGACCUUCCCACUGACGUUGACUACUGGAGCUGUGGGAGUAGGCGUCAAAAUGUGAAUCGUUCAACUACGCACUCAGUGUACGUGCGACGCAUUCGAUUGCACAUUAUUUACGAAUCUAAAAAGAUAGCAGGUGUGCUUUGACCCCAACCGGACCGUCUACUGUGGCAAAUCUGGUUCGGGGGUUGGGUAUCGUCGGUCAAAAUAUAGGCCCCCGCUGCAAAUAGUGCACAUCGAGAGAGGAGAGAUCCCACCACUCAGAAGGUUUAACGAUAGACCUCACGCACUGUUCAUUUACACACACACAUAUACACUGUGUACAGAGUAUGUGCUUGGGGUGGAUUACAAGACGAGCGUCAUUGAGUUUUAUUGGUUCGAGUUGUUUCUUUCCUUCCAUUGUUCCAUGUAAGUGCCAUUUAAAUUAACGCUAGGGAGAUGACGAUUGAUGCGCCCGAUGAAGAUGAUGAUGACAAAUGACCAUGAUCAUCAUGCCGAUGACCUCUGUUUCUCGUGAUGAUGACCUUUGCUGUUCUCGAUGAUGAUGAUGGUGAUCAUGAGUCUGGAUAUUGGCAUUUGCUUUUCAUUGUGGUUAUGGCCAUCAUAUGGAUAACAAAGAUUAGAUUUGCCACUCAUGAUGAUCAUGAUGAUAGUGAUGAACAUGAUGAUAAUUAAUGGUCCUAAUGAUCGUUAUUAUGAGGCUCUUGGCUGCUCAUGGUGAUAAUGAUCAUCAUGUUAUCACGAUUCUCCUAUUCACGAUGUUUUUUUUCUGAAUGAUGAUUACACCUGUGAUACCGCAGUGGCAUUCAUUAAAGCGCUUAUACCUGACACACACACAUAUCCCUUGUUGACUUAACAUAGAAGCAAUCCCAUGAACAAACAGGGCCGCCCAGAUAAUCUCACGCAAUGCGGCCUGGCAGACCUCUCCAAUCGCACCACACAACACCGCCGGGCACCUCAAUCACCUCCAUCACCCGAAAAUAACUCGUGUGCAAGAAUGGACAGCUGUUUUUAACUGGUGCCCCUCUUCAAGGUCAUAUGCAUAUGUAGAGGUGUCUGUCUUCUUGGGUUCAAAGUAGAUUUACCGUCCAUUAUGAUUGCAGUGAAAUCAUACGACAGUCGAUCCAUGCUUGCAAUGGUUAGCGCUCACCGCAAUGCAUCUGGUUACCCGAGUUUGACUCCAGGCCACGGUUCCGUAAGCGAAUUACACACGAACCGGUUUACUUGUGUGGCUCAUCAGCAGUGUCAGGCGUGUUAAACAAAUACUGAUGGUUACCCACAAUUGGUGACAGCACUCCAUCAACACAAUGGAAAUCAUGGUAAAUCAAUCUCGUAGAUUUUCCAGAUUUUCCACCGUGAGGUGGUCAGUGGCGUGGACAGGGGUGGGGGGGAGGCGGAAAAUAUUUUCCAGAGCUCAGCCCCAGACAUCUCCGGCUGAAAUAAAUAAGGCCCUGGUUUGGCCCCAUAUUUAUUGUAUUGGGAGUGCACAAUUUUAAAAAAGACGAUAUAUACGGCACCAGCUCUUAACGGAUCACAGACACACACACACGGGUGGAGUGUGUGUGACAAGACCUAGUUUGCAAACGUUGCGUUCAGCCCGCCCGUCUUGUUUAAUAUACAUAAGUUACGACAAUACCAUGCAUCAUUUAAAUAAAGAGAUGUUACGUAUG